AUGGAGGCAGUACGGAAGUGGAGGUCAGACUGGAGGUAUCCUACCACUCUGUUGUGCAUAUAUGGAUUCUUCAGCGCAGUUAAACCCCUGGAGCCCUUCCUCAUCCCAUACCUGACAGGACCAGACAAGAAUUUCACAAUAGAACAGGUUAAUCAGAUUGUUCCAGUGUGGACAUAUUCCUACCUAUGUGUGCUGGUGCCGGUGUUCUUGCUGACUGACUGGCUGCGGUACAAGCCUGUAGUGGUUAUCCAGUGUGUCUCACUCAUCAUCACCACAGCAAUGCUGCUCUGGACAAAGGGUGUACCCGCAAUGCAGGCCAUGGAGUUCUUCUAUGGGGUGGUGACAGCCAGUGAUGUGGCCUAUUUCUCCUACAUCUACAGUGUGAUAGAUCUGAAGAUGUACCGGAAGGCCACUUCUUACUGCCGCAGUGUCCAGCUGUUGGGAUACACAGUGGGCUCUGUGCUGGGCCAGCUGCUCGUCAGCUUCAACCUUCUGUCCUACAAUAACAUCCUGGUAUUUACUCUGGUUCUCACCGCUAUCGCACUCCUUUUUUCCUGCCUCCUACCAAUGCCACAGCAGAGCAUGUUCUUUCACCGCACUCAAGCUGGAAAGACAGCAGUAACAGAGGGGACAGAGAGGCAUGCAGAUGAGACUGUGAGAGGAGAAGAUGAAAAUGGUGAUGCAGGAAAUGGACAUGAAGAAAAAAGAGUGCAGUCGAGCUGCAGCCGAAUUCUCCUCCAGCUGUGGAGGGACUUUCUUCAGUGCUAUUCCUCCAGACAGCUGCUGUACUGGUCCGUGUGGUGGGCAAUGGCCACCUGCGGCUAUAACCAGACUGUCAACUAUGUGCAGGUGCUGUGGGAGCAUGUGCAGCCUUCUCAGAACUUCAGCAUUUACAAUGGUGGAGUGGAGGCAGCAUCCACCCUGUUGAGUGCCGCAACAGCCUACGGUAUAGGCUUCACUGAGGUGAAAUGGGAACUGUGGGGAGAGCUGGCACUGGGUGCUUUCUCUGGACUUGGGGCAGCAGCACUCUUCCUCAUGACCUUUGUGGGCAACAUCUGGGUCUGCUACCUUGGUUACACCGUUUUCAAGUGUCUGUACAUGCUGUUGAUGACAAUAGCCAUGUACCAAAUUGCAGCUGAUCUUUCGAUGGAAAGAUAUGCACUAGUGUUUGGAGCAAACAACUUUGGAGCACUGGCUCUACAGACGAUCCUCACCUUUGUCGUGGUGGACAGUGGUGGACUGGGUCUAUCCAUCAUUCCUCAGUUCACCAUAUACGCCAGCUACUUCUCAGUCAUUGCUGUUGUUUUUGCACUGCGGGGACUGUUUACCAUUUGGAGAGCUCAAGGAAGUUACAAAGAGUCGGACCCUCCAGAGAAUAAUGGAUCAGGUUCUCAUGAACACAUAUUCUGAAUAAAAUAGUUCCUGCUGUGUCCACAUGCCAGUUAAAAGAAGAAAGGCUUCAAUUUAGUGACUGCAACACCAUGUAUUUGAAUCUUUUUUUUUUUUUUUUUAUAAA